CGGACAAACUUGCAUAACAGCCGACAAUACCUACCUUUCAAAUUCAAUCCACAAGCAACAUCAUACAAAAAAAAAAAAAAAAGCCAUGGAAGAACAGCGGACAAUCCCCCACAGCACAACCAAACACUCACUUCCUUAGCCAAGAAUGAAAGACUUUGUCAUCAUCCUUGGCGGUUCCUCCAUUUCUACUCCUCCAGCAAACCUCCAUCACCACCACCAUUCUUCAAAACCCAAAAAACCCAAUUCCUCCCUUCACAGGCUUUCUCCUUCCAUCCCCACCGUCCAUUCUCAUCAACACCCUUACCCUCUCCUCUCCAGCUCCUCCGUACGAUGGGACCCCACUUCCCGCCGCAGCUCCCCGCUCAAGUACUACGCCGACCUCGCUUCGAAGUUGGCGGAGGAUGGCCGUCUCGAGGACUUUGCAAUGAUAGUGGAGAUGCUCGUUGCUUCGGGAGUUAAUGCUCCGCGUGUUGUUUCAAUGUUGGGUGUUGAGCUUGUUUCCAAAGGGGUUGCUUUGAAUGUUCAAGAAGGAAAGGUUAAAAGUGUUGUCGAGGUGCUGAAGAAAGUUGAGAAGCUUGGGAUUGCUCCUUCGAAGUUGGUUGAUGGGUUUGGUUUGGAUUCGAUGAAAAGGGAGGUUCAAAGGAUUGUGGGUUCUGGUGAAGUGGAGCAAGCUGUUGAUUUGUUGGAGGCUUUAAGAGGUUUUCAAUUUACAAUCAAGGAACUAGUGGAUCCAUCUUACAUUAUAAAAGUCUGUGUUGAUAAAAGAAACCCAAAUUUGGCCGUAAGGUAUGCUUGCCAGCUGCCACAUGCCAAAAUAUUAUUCUGUAGCCUUAUAAGUGAAUUUGGAAAGAAGAGGGAUUUGGCAUCUGCAUUGACAGCAUAUGAAGCGUCCAAGAAGAACUUGAGUGGUCCUAAUAUGUAUCUAUAUCGUGCAAUAAUUGAUGCUUGUGGUCUUUGUGGUGACUACCUGAAAUCUAGAAACAUUUACGAGGACUUGGUCAAUCAAAGGGUCACUCCAAAUAUAUAUGUUUUUAACAGUCUCAUGAAUGUCAACUCUCAUGAUCUGGGAUACACAUUAGAUGUUUACAAGGACAUGCAAAAUCUUGGUAUCACAGCAGAUAUGGCAUCUUAUAACAUCCUUUUAAAGGCGUGCUGUCUUGCUCACAGAGUUGAUUUGGCCCAAGAUAUUUACAAUGAAGUAAAGCAUCUGGAGUCAACAGGAGUGUUGAAGUUGGAUGUCUUUACUUACUGCACGAUCAUAAAGGUCUUUGCAGAUGCAAGGUUGUGGCGAAUGGCACUGAAAAUUAAAGAAGAUAUGGUAUCAGCUGGCGUUACCCCUAAUACAGUUACAUGGUCAUCAUUGAUCAGUACCUGUGCCAAUGCAGGCCUAGUUGAGGAGGCAUUUCAAUUAUUUGAAGAGAUGAUUCUCACUGGAUGUGAACCUAAUUCACAAUGUUGCAACAUUCUUCUACAUGCUUGUGUUGAGGCUAGCCAGUAUGACAGGGCUUUUCGCCUUUUCCACUGCUGGACAGGAGGCCAGGAGGGUUAUACUGGCAGUAUAGAUAGUGUGUUAAUUUCAAAGCAACUAAACAACAAAACUUCUACUUCGACUGCACUAUCUAAUUCACAUCAUUUAAGUUUUGCCAAGAAGUUUUCUUUCACACCUACUACAGCAACAUAUAAUAUUUUAAUGAAGGCCUGUUGUACUGACUACUAUCGUGCAAAAGCUUUAAUGGAUGAGAUGAAGUCUGUUGGCCUUUCACCUAAUCAUGUAAGCUGGUCAAUUUUGAUCGAUAUAUGUGGAGGUUCAGGCAAUGUAGAAGGUGCCAUACAGAUCUUGAAAAAUAUGCAUUUGACUGGAAUUAAACCUGAUGUUGUUGCAUAUACAACAGCAAUCAAGGUUUGUGUCGGAAGCAAAAAUCUGAAUUUAGCCUUUUCAUUAUUUGAAGAAAUGAAGAGAUAUCGUGUACAACCUAAUUUGGUGACAUAUAAUACACUUUUAAGAGCUCGUAGCAGAUAUGGUUCCUUGCAUGAAGUACAGCAGUGCCUAGCUAUAUAUCAGGAUAUGCGGAAAGCAGGGUACAAAUCCAAUGAUAUUUAUCUCAAGGAACUAAUUGAAGAAUGGUGUGAAGGAGUAAUAAAAGAAAACAACUAUAAACGAGAAGGGUUAAGUUCCUGCAAAAGAACUAACUUGGAGAGACCUCACAGUCUACUUCUCGAAAAGAUUGCAGUGCACCUACAGAUCAGUACGGCAGAAAGCCCAGCAAUUGAUCUUCGUGGGCUUACAAAGGUUGAAGCUCGGAUAUUUGUUCUUGCAGUUUUGCGAAUGAUCAAAGAGAACUAUAUCCUAGGGCAUUCUGUAAAAGAUGAUAUGUUGAUAAUCUUAGGAGUCAGUGAAGCAAAUGCAGCAAAGCAAAAAUCUGAGGUGAAAGAUGCAGUAAUGAAACUUCUGCAGGAGGAAUUGGGGCUUGAGGUACUAUUGGUUGAACCUCAAGUUAAAAAUGGACGGGUAGAUUUGCAGACUCCUAUUGAUGCAGAUCCAGUUUCAUCAGAAACAGUUGGAAUGAACAGUUUAUUGUCGAAGCCCUUAUCUUCUACCAGGAGACCUGUGAUUCUGCAAAGGUUAAAGGUUACAAGGAAAUCGUUGAAUCAUUGGCUCUGGAGAAGGGCAGAUUUCAUUAAAAGGUAAAGUGUUUAUUUACGAACCUCAAUUUUGUUUAUAAUUUUUUAUAAUCAUUUUUCAAAUAGAUAUGACGGAGAAUAAGUGAGUGUAAUUAUUACUACUAAAGUUACAGCAAGUGUAUAGAAGUUGUUCAACCACAUUUAACUCAAAGUGGGAUGAAAUAAAAAGAGGUGAUUUAUUUGGUCC